UUUUGAAUUAUCAAUUGAAUAACUCAAAAAAGGUUUGUAGUUAUUAUUAUUUAAGCUGAAAUGGAUGAAUCAAGAAAGAAUAAAGAACUUAUUGAAACAAUAUCUAGACAAAAUGCAGAACUUAUUCGUUACAAAACAAGAUUAAAAGAUCUAGUGACUGCUCACAAAUGUCUGUUAAAAGAGAAAGAAGUAUUAGAAUCAAGUCUAAAAGCUUUUUCCAAGUCUUCAUCUGUACCUAAAGGUAUUGAUGCCAACACUUCUGAUGUUUCUGAGGAAUCAACAAGUGAAGAGAUGUCAUCAGAAGGAAAUAACGAAACUACUGAACAAUUGAAAAACCAGCUCACAACACUAAUGAAUUCCUUAGCAACAUUAUCUGAGGAGAAGUCAAGGAUGGAAGCUGGGUUUCAAGCAGACAAAAAGCAGCUGAGAACUGAAAAAUUAGAAUUAGAAAAAACAAUUAAGGAAAUGCAAGGUAGAUUGGAUCAUGAAACUAGAGCUCACCUUUCAGAAAUGGAAAAUUUUAAGUCUAAAUUAAUUAUAGAACGUCAUCAAAGAGAAAAAGAACACAAUGAUCAUGGAGUAAUGAUUAGGGAGUUACAGAAAGUGGUUUCUGAGGAAAGAGCUAAGAGGGAAAAAGCAGAGGCCAAUUUAGAAACCCUUCGUUCAGAAUUGACUGCAGUGACAGAGCAAUCCAACAAUAGUAAAAAAGAAGCUGCAGAAGCAGUAGCUAACUUAGAAGCUUUAAGAGAGAGACUUAAAGAUAACAGAGAGAGUUCUGGUGCCACAACUUUAAAAUUAAAACACGAAUUAGCUCUCCUUAAACAGCAGUUAAGACAAUCAAGUCAGAAAGAACAAGAGAAAGUGAAGGAAGCUGAGGCACGAUCACGAGAGCUAGCCGCUGCUCAUGAAGAAAGAGUAGCCAAUUUGGAAGCUAAAUUAGCAGAGUUGUCAUUAACAGUUGGUAACUACGAUAGGUUGAGGCAAUCUGAUCAAGAGGCAAUAACAAGGUUGAGGGAGCGUAUUGCCCAAUUGGAAAUGGAAAGAGGAGAAGAAAAAGGGGAUGACAGUCUAGAGAGUAUUGCCCACAGGAUUCGUCAAAUCAUCCAUGAUGCUAAUAAAAUUUCUGAGAAGCCACUUGAUUUGAAAGCUAUUUUAGCAGAAUGUUUACCCAAUAAUAGUAUUUUUCAAGAUUCUCAUAAGCAUUGUCAGGAAGAAUAUGAUCACUUGAAAGCAGAAUUUGAUAGAUAUAAACAUCAAUUUCAAAUAUCGCAACAUAAUGACACCCCUAGUUAUAGGACUGGAUUGACAAAUGAAGAAGAGUUACGUUCACAAAUAAAAAAACUUAAAUCGAGGAUUCGUGAGCUUCUUGCUCAAAUAGAUGAAAAGGAAUUGUUGCAUAAGAAAGAAAUUGAAUCCUUGCAAAAGAGUAUCUUGAAUGAGAAGAAGAUAGGUAGGGAGAAGUUAAACCAAGGUGAAGUAGAGUGGAGAGGUAAACUGUCCAGUUUGGAGUCUCAGCUUGCCAAACAAAGGCAGAGGGCUAUGGAGCUAGUUGCUGAAAGGGAAAAUGAACUUGCUGAUCUCAGAGCAUCCCUAAUUCCUUCUACUAUCUCUUCUGACAAAAGUGGUGAAGAAGGACCUGUUGUGCUUCAUUAUUCCGAAGAAGUAGCUCGUAGAGAUGUGGAGUUAUCAAGGCUGAGAAAAGACAAACAUAGGCUUGAGGGGUUGCUGAGAGAAUCCGAAAGAACAAUUACUCAACUGAAUGCACGUGGAGAGGCACUUUCUGAAGCACUUCGCUGUCAAGUUGAUAGGUUUGUGCAGUGUCAGAGUCGCGAGGGAGCUAACCUGGAAUACCUGAAAAACGUGGUCCUUUCAUUUCUCCUGACGAGUGAUGUCGCCAGCAAGUCACACAUGCUGAAUGCUAUUGCUGCAGUGCUUCAGUUUUCAGAGGCAGAAAAAUCAAAAAUUUCCCAACAAAGCUGGUGGCAUAAAAGUCAAUUAUAGCCUGAAAUUUCUGCUAUUUUCUGAACAGGACCUUAUCUGCUCCGUAUAUCCUUCAUGCAAAAAAAUCAUUAGUUGGCAGGUAUGGUUAGUUAUAUGAAUAUCAUAGAUAACUGCCAAUUUCACCUACCUCCUGCAGGCAGUUUUUCAUUUUGAUCUUGCUGCAACAAUGUUUCUUGAAAGG